AUGAUUAAACAACAGCAACUUAAGGUGCAAAGCGCCCAGGUCCUUCAGACCAUUACAUACGCCAUAUAUGCAUAUAAUUCAAAGACGGCAGAACAAACGCAAAGGUUGAAAUAUGGAGAUUUGGAGAUAGUAUUGAAAAAUGACCAUUUCGAAUUCGUUUGCAAAGGUGGUGCAGUGAUAUCAAAUAUAAAAGAAAUUUUAUUUAUGAAUUCAAAAAUUAAAGGAAUAACGGAUGAUAUAACAUCAAUUCCACCAGAAGAACAGAGAUAUUACGCAUUAAAUGCAUUUCCUAAAGUUUUGAAGAUUGGAAGAUUUAAUUUAAAUGAGAAAUUCAUAGAAGGUUUCCUAAAUGACAUAAUGAAGAGGGUGGAUAAGGAAUAUGUGGAUAGUGAGUUAAUGAAGAAAGCAGAUAAGGAAUACGUUAAUACUGAAUUAAAUAAGAAGGCAAAUUUGGUUUAUGUUGAUGAAAAAGAUAAUGAAAUUAAAGAAAAGGUUGAAUGGUAUCAUGAAUGGACAUUGGAGACUUUUAAAGUUAAAGCUGAUACAGAAUGGGUUUCAGGAUGUUUAGACCUUAAAGCAGAUAAAACUUAUGUUAACGAUGAAUUAGAGAAGAAAGCAGAUAAAACAUAUGUUAACAAUGAGUUAGAGAAGAAAGCAGAUAAGGAAAAAGUUAUUUCAUUCAUUAAUACUGAGUUAGCAAAGAAAGCUGAUAUAUCAUUUGUUAAUGAAGAAAUAAAACAAUCAGAGGUCUAUUUUACUCCACCAUUUUUAAAUUUUAUGAAAUCAUCGGAUAAAACCUUUGAUAUAGAUUCUUUUGAAUGGAUAUGUUUCGAUGGAGUGACCACUUAUUUAUUUUAUACAGCUGGAGUGCUUUAUUAUUUUAAAACAAAUGAUUUUAAAAACUAUGAAUCAUUUACUCCAUCUGUUUGGAAUCCUGAUACACGAAAGCCAAUCAUUAAUCCAAGAAUUUUAUAUGUUGAAUAUAAUAACGGUAAAUUUAUGGGAAUGAUAACGGUUGGAGAUGAUUUUUGCCCUUGUUAUUCAUUCGAUUGUAUCCAAUGGUUCAAAUGUAAUUUAAAUCAAGAUGCUAAAUUUAAAUAUCCAAAUAAUCCUAUUAGAUGCGUUAAUAAUAAAUGGGUACUAAUUUAUGAAGUCAAUCAAAUUUUCAUUAGUGAGGAUGGGAUAAAUUAUUAUAU